UUGGCUGGCGGUGAAUAUUUACGGAUGUAGUGAAGUAGAGGUGGUUUUUGGGGAGCACGGCACAACCAGCCUGAGGACCCCACCUUGAUAAUAUGCUAACAUGCAGACAGAAAACCACGUUUCUAGUCUAAAAACUGAUUUAGUGAAAUCUUGCGGGACAUUUUGUGUUCUUGUUGGCGUGACGGGAAGCGUUGCAGCCCUGAAACUGCCUCUUUUGGUCUCCCAGCUUCUUCAGCUCCCUGGGGUGGAUGUAAGAGUGGUCACUACGGAGCAUGCCAAGCACUUCUACAAUCCUGCAGAGGUUCCAGUAAGAAUCUACAGUGAAAAAGAUGAGUGGGAGCUCUGGACACAGAGAUCUGACCCUGUGCUACACAUUGAGCUAAGGCGCUGGGCAGACUUAUUUGUCAUUGCCCCCCUAGAUGCCAACACUCUCGGAAAGAUUGCUAAUGGCAUUUGUGACAAUCUGCUGACAUGUGUGGUAAGAGCUUGGGAUAUCAGUCGACCUUUCCUCUUCUGCCCUGCAAUGAAUACAGCUAUGUGGCAGCAUCCCAUUACAGCCCAGCAGGUAUCCAGGCUGAAAGAAUUCGGAUAUGUGGAAAUCCCCUGCAUUGCUAAAAAGCUAGUGUGUGGAGAUGAAGGUAAAGGUGCCAUGGCAGAGGUGUCAACUAUUGUCAGUGUUGUCAAGGAGUAUCUUCAGAAACCAGAUGAGUCAUCUCAGAAAACAUGAAAAUCACAACAUAUUGUAUAGUCAGCUGGCAUCAUAAAGAUUUAUGGCUUGUCAUCGAAAUGACUUUGUGUCAAAACCCUCAAGGCCUUAUACACUCAUGGUAAAUCACACUGAACUCCUCCUCAUGGGAUUGUGAGGGUGUGUACAGUCUGUGAUUAAUUGGCAUCUCUCUGAUUCUUUUUAAAGUUUUGUUGCACCUGUUAGGGUAGAACAACACACACCUAUACCCUUUGUAUUAGGAAUUUUAUCACGUCAUGGAAUUCAAGAUUCAACGUUCAAUUUAAUUAUCACUAUGCAACACAAGAUUGUGUAACAAUAUUCCAGAUGUAGUCCCUUUAUGCAAUGUGGUAUAUUAGAUGGUGAUGUCGAUGUGAAGAUGAUGAAGAGAAGAUCUCCGCUGACACUGACUUACUUGUAUAUAGAAGUUUAUUACAAAGUAGUUCAGCAUCGGACAAGCACUGCAGUAGCCUGUGAGAGGAUCCGAGCCAAUAUGGAUCUCUCUCCCUAACAGCUCUAAACACCAGUAUAUAUACAUUGGUUGUUUACAUGGUUCAUAGGAAACAUCUGGACCUUAGUCAAUACCUUCACUAUUGAGAGGAAAAAGAUAAGGGGAGAGGAAACCCUCACCCUUAACCUCUACUAGUCUGGGGGUCACAUUCUUAACUCUUAUCCUAAACAUGAGCCCCAAAGGUUAACUCAGACAUAGGAAACUCAUAAAAAGUGUAUACAUCUGGAAACCCUUAGACAUUUCAGAAAGACAAAAACAUACAUAAACAUCCUGUAUACUACAGCAACUUAGAAAAAAUUAAUGAAUAAAUAAUCACAUCAUAAAAUGAACUAUUUUUGUGGCAGAGUGUGGAGGAUGAAGUAGUAGUCUCUUUAGUAGUCUCACAACCUGAAGAAAGACGGUAAGGGUGAACAGGCUGUGGCUGGGGUGGGUCUUGUCUUUCAGUGUCCCUUGGGCUCCGCACAGGCACCUCACCUCACUGAUAUCAGUGAUGCUCAGUAGACGGGUAACGAUGAUGUUCUAGGUGGUUUUAAUGGCCAGCUGCAGACCCUUCUUUAUGCAUGGCUCAACCCCAGUGCAACCUCUGCAGCCUGAAGUUAGCUUUAAUAUGUGUCUAUCUAUUCAUCAUGAACUUAUACUGAUAUUGUUGAUGGCUAGUUCAACUUCAAAAUCAACUGAUUUUGUCAUUUAAACCCCUCCCCUUUCCUGCAGUGACACAUUUAUCCCAAAUUUGCACUGAAAUAUGUGAUUAUAUAUUUCUGUUUACAAAGCAGCAUUUAAUUAAUGAUGUGUCAUUGAGCAGAUGGGGGUAAGUUGAAUAAUACAGUUAAUGUACUGACAGUUUUUUGUCUACACUUGUGGUGCAACGGCAGAGGUUCCACUAUUUUCAGUGUUGUCAAAAAAUAUCUUCAGAAACCAGAUGAGUCAUCUCAGCGAACAUGAGCGUCACAAGGUGUACAAUCUGCUGGCACCAAAGAUCAAUAAAAAGUAAACUCAAUGACUUCAGAAUCUUCAAAAUGAGUUUGUGGUCAAACCCUUUAAGGCUGUAUACACUCAGGGUAAACUCACAUGAUUGCUUUUUAUUCCUCUUCUUGGAAUUGUGAGGGUGUGUACAGUCUGUCAUAUAUCGGCAUCUCUCUAAUUCUUUUGUAAGUUUUGUUGCACCUGUUAGGGCAGAAUAAUACACACCUAUACUCUUUGUUUUAAGAUUUGAUGACCUUAUGUAAUUCCUAGCAUUACUAAACCCAUGCAGCAUCUGCAGGACCUUUUUUUAAGCUGUUACCAGCAGCUACUGAAGCUACAUUUGAGACAAUCUGAUACUACUUUUAAUCUGUAUCAUCCAUUCAUCCUAAACUCAUACUGACAUUAUUGAUGGCCUGUUGGAGAGAAUUCAAAAUCAGCUGAUGUUGUAAUUUAAGCCCGUCCCCUUUUCUGCAGUGACAUAUUUAUCCCAAAAUUACACUGAAAUAUGUGAUAGUAUGUUUCUAUUUACAAAGUAGGCUUUCAUUGGUGACAUGUCAUCAAAUUGAUUGGAAAAAAGUUGGAAAAAUGCAGUUCACAUAUUAACAGUUUUUUAUCUACACUUGUCUAAAUCUCCUUCAUUUGCACCAAUGAAACUGUGUACUGCUCUGUACAGUUCUUUUGUUUCUUUCUCUUUAACAAUGUUGGCAAAGAAAUGGCGUGUUGCUGUCACCAUCUCGAAAAGAGGAUGGUUGAAUGGACAUACAGUUUGGAAAUCCUGUUUAAUGAUGUGCUUCACUUGGCUUCCUUGGAAAAAGCUUUUGCUUCUUUGAAUUUCCCUGUUUAUUUUAUGAUAAAAGGUGAACAAACAAUACAGUCCUGGCUACACUGAUAAUGAAAGGGGACAUUAUUGUGUUUUGUCAAAUAACAGUGUGAAAACAAAAUGCUUACCUGUGGUUCAAAUAUUAUACCUGCUUAAAAUAAGUGAUUGUUAUUCCAGAGUUUUUAGCUUUUAAUCUUAAAUUGCUAAUGCAUUUCUGAUAUAAGGAGAGAAAUUAGGAUUAGGAUUGAACCAUGUUCAGUGUUUUAAUUUCUUGAUUUUUAUAUAGCCAAAUGCCUCACAAAACAAAGGUCAAAGUAGUGUGUCACUGUGCUCAAAGCAACAUACUGUAGGUGUACUUCAGCAAACCAGUCAAUAUGCAAUAAAGAAAAAGAAAAAAAACCUUAAA